UCAGCUUGUCAUAAGCUAAGCUAAUGGUGCUCGUGAGAGUGUGGGUUUGUUUCACACUCUCACGAGCACCACAAGCUUAUCUUACGGCGGUAUAAUGAGAGCGGCGCUUUGCGCACGGUGGGUUUGUUUUUCCCUCGUGUUCGCUGACGUCAUACUUUUGUUACCAUGGUAGCCCUUAACACUUGUGGUCUCCACGGUAACGGAGAGCGCCGAUUACUGCUACCGGAUUUACUCGUUUUCGCUACAAAUUACAGAAUAGUUCCGUUUUGACGGGUUAAAUAACUAAAGGUCACCGUGAUGGAGGCUUGUGGGACUUUAUCUGUGCGGAAUCUGGAGGCUUUGUCUGCUUUGUUGUCCAGUCACCAGGAGGAAGAGGACGAAGGCUGGAAGAAUGUGAACGCCUCUGCUCAGCUCGGACCCGGACACCUUGGUCCCCUGCCUCAAAAACAUCAAGGAGCAUCGACUUCCUGUGUGAAGAACAACACCAAAGAUAUCUGGAAUGAGGAGGAAGUGUCUGAGGGCCCUCACUACGACGACCUCUGUGACCCGCGGCCGCAGCCAGAAUAUGAAAUAAUCUUGAAGCAGAGUGUGAGACCUGAGGAUGUGUUUUUGGGUUUGAGCAGAAAGGAUGCGUCGUCCAUGUGCUGUGAAGACAUGCUGGUAAAAAUCAAACUACCAGACACCAAAGCAUCCGAUGUAGUUCUGGAUGUAAAGGAAAAGUUCCUGGACCUUCGGACUCCAAAAUAUAAACUGGGCCUGCACCUUCCACAUCCCGUCUGCAGCCAGGAGGGCCGCGCCCACUUCUUCAGCGAGCGAGAGCAGCUGGAGGUGACACUGAGGAUAAAUCAUCCCAUGGACUCUAUCAACAUGCAAUAAGCACGGCGAGUGCAUCCGCAAGCUCUUCCUUUCUCCUUCCUCUGGUGAAUCUAUGCUCAACAUCAACAUUCCAGUCAUGGCAGCAGAGACGUGCGACUCUGUGGACAGUCUGUCUCCACUGGCAUCUGUUUGUGUGUGUCAGCACACUGACUCUUGAUACUUUCACCGAGGUACACCACCUGAGCUGUAAAUGAGCUGAGUCAUGUUUAGAGGUUUUUGUGUGUAUAUUUUGCAUAUCAA